AUGCCGAAGGCCACAAGAUCUCUACAUCGUGUGAGAUUUUCUCCAUUCCCCUACCCACUCAAUGCCGGCGAUGAUGAUAUGCAGCUGUUCCUGGGAGAAUUAGGAGAGAUUGACGAGGAUCCAGCAGCUACAACGAGCCUCUCUGAACUUGACGAGAUCCUUCGUGUAAGCGAAAAAGAACAACACACACCGUUGUGUACAGACGCGUAUCUCUUCAUCAAUAAUGUGCGCGUAUUGUCCGCAUCAAAAGAUUGGAAAGACGUGCUUGACCCGGCUACUCAAGGCCUGAUUUCUCGCGUACCCAGUUGCACUCAUCAAGAAGUCCAGAGGGCAGUAAAUGCCGCCCAGGAAGCCCAACAAGGAUGGGAAAACCUAGGAUUUCAAAUACGAAGAGAAUACCUUCUCAAACUUAUCGAUGUCUUGAAAGGAAUAUCGACGACAAUCUUCACCGUUGUCAAAAGAUAUCAUAUCUCUGCCGAGAAGUGGGGAAGACCAUCGCAGAUGCUGAAUCAGAAGUAUUUCGCGGUUUGGACUGUAUCCAUGCAGCCUGUUCAAUCGGGCCAGAAAUGGCUGGCAUGUUCCUUGGGUCUGAGCCAACACUUCUUCAGACGUUCUAUGAGCCAGUGGUAUGAGAUUUGA